AUGGGAAUAAAUUACACAGAAGUAACAAAAUUCAUCAUUGCUGGGUUCCCAGGUAACAAGAAGAUUCAGAUUUUGUAUUUCAUCAUCUUCCUCCUCAUUUAUCUACUGACUCUUUUGGGAAACAUCACCCUGCUAUUCACACUAAAGGCAGAGACAAGCCUCCACACACCUAUGUACUUCUUCUUGAGCAACCUUGCUGUCCUAGAGAUUGGAUACACCUCAGUUACUCUCCCUAAACUCCUGGCAAUCUCUAUUGGAAGAGCAAGAAAUAUCUCUCUUACAGCAUGCCUAACUCAGUCCUAUUUCUUUUUCUUCCUGGGUUCCACAGAGUGUUUCUUUCUGGCAGUCAUGGCUUAUGACCGUUAUCUGGCCAUCUGCAAUCCACUGAGAUACCCAAUACUCAUGUGCAACAGAAUGUGUGUCUUCUUAGCCAUUGGUUCAUGGUUUACUGGAUUUUUAAAUCCUUGCCCAUCCACCAUCCUGGUUAGCAGGUUGUAUUUCUGCGGCAAUGUUAUCAACCACUUCUUCUGCGAUGUCCCACCACUGCUCAGUCUCUCUUGCAGCAACACUCACAUCAGCAGAACCAUCAUCUUCAUCAGCUCAUCUGUCAUAGUGUUAGGUACUUUUGCAUUGACUAUGCUUUCUUAUGCUUGCAUUCUGGCCACCCUCCUAAGGAUGUCCUCAGCUACGGGUCGACAGAAGGCAUUCUCCACCUGCUCCGCCCACUUGACUGUGGUCUCACUCUACUAUGGAACAGUGAUCUUCAUGUAUGUCAAUCCUGCAGCCAAGACAUCAAUGGAAAUGAACAAGGUGGUGUCGUUUAUCUACAGUGUGGUAACCCCCAUGCUCAACCCCAUCAUUUACAGCUUGAGAAAUGAAGAUGUCAAAAAGGCUUUGAAAAGAAUGAUGUUAAAGAAAUUUUGUGCAGAAAGGCAGACUGCUUAG